UGCUACUAUCACAGCCUUUUCUAAAGAAGCAGCUUUAAAUAUGUUCAUCAUCAUCAGCUCAGAAGGAUAUGAGGUCUUUGUGAACGGUUUGCGACAGUUUACAUUCAAGCACCGCUUUCCUGUAGAGGACGUUUCUACACUUGAUAUUUCUGGAGAUGUUACAAUCAACUACUUUGGAUUUGUUGAAAACUGGAGUGAAUCCUCAAUGUUUGUGAAACCGAAUGAAAUUCAAGACGUGUCUAUUACUUCCGAGAGUGUAAUCGAGGUCCCAUGUGAGAUUUCACAGACAAUCAGCAAACCUGAACUUCCAGAUGAUGGUGUAAUCUCAAAAGAAUUAAAGACAGACAUUGAUGUAAAUUUUGAAGUGGUUCAUCUAGAAGAUUCCACUGAUGCAAUGGACAUCAAACUUACUGAACAUGGAACUGAAAACUCAACUGAAUCCUCCAUAGUAACAGAUAGUAAAGAAAUCGUAGACAUGUCAUUUACCAUUGAGAGCCUGAUAGACAUCCCAUCAGAAAUUUCACAUCCAGUCAGCAAACCUGAACUUCCAUAUGUAGGUGUAAUCCAAGAAGGAUUAAAGACAGAUAUGGCUGUAGUCUUUCAAGGAGAUCUUCCAGCAGAUGCCAAAGAAUUCACAAUAAAUUUCAAGGGGGGUGAGAGUGAGGGGGAUGACAUCGCUUUUCACAUCAACCCUCGAAUUGGUGAUGUAGUCGUGCUAAACAGCUUUAGAAAUGGUGGUUGGGAGGAAGAGGAACAUGCUUCUAUCACAGCCUUUUCUAAAGAAGCAGCCUUGAAUAUGUUCAUCAUCAUCAGCUCAGAGGGAUAUGAGGUCUUUGUGAACGGUUUGCAACAGUUUACAUUCAAGCACCGCUUUCCUGUAGAGGACGUUUCUACACUUGAUAUUUCUGGAGAUGUUACAAUCAACUACUUUGGAUUUGUUGAAAACUGGAGUGAAUCCUCAAUGUUUGUGAAACCGAAUGAAAUUCAAGACGUGUCUAUUACUUCCGAGAGUGUAAUCGAGGUCCCAUGUGAGAUUUCACAGACAAUCAGCAAACCUGAACUUCCAGAUGAUGGUGUAACCUUAAAAGAAAUAAAAACAGACAUUGAUGUAAAUUUUGAAGUGGUUCAUCUAGAAGAUUCCACUGAUGCAAUGGACAUCAAACUUACUGAACACGGAACUGAAAUCUCAACUGAAUCCUGCACAGUAACAGAAAGUAAAGAAAUCGUAGACAUGUCAUUUACCAUUGAGAGCCUGAUAGACAUCCCAUCAGAAAUUUCACAUCCAGUCAGCAAACCUGAACUUCCAUAUGUAGGUGUAAUCCAAGAAGGAUUAAAGACAGAUAUGGCUGUAGUCUUUCAAGGGGAUCUUCCAGCAGAUGCCAAAGAGUUCACAAUAAAUUUAAAGAGGGGUGAGAGUGAAGGGGAUGACAUCGCUUUCCACAUCAACCCUCGAAUUGGUGAUGUAGUCAUGCUGAACAGCUUUAGAAAUGGUAGUUGGGAGGAAGAGGAACAUGCUUCUAUCACAGCCUUUUCUAAAGAAGCAGCUUUAAAUAUGUUCAUCAUCAUCAGCUCAGAGGGAUAUGAGGUCUUUGUGAACGGUUUGCGACAGUUUACAUUCAAGCACCGCUUUCCUGUAGAGGACGUUUCUACACUUGAUAUUUCUGGAGAUGUUACAAUCAACUACUUUGGAUUUGUUGAAAACUGGAGUGAAUCUUCAAUGUUUGUGAAACCAAAUGAAAUUCAAUACGUGUCUAUUACUUCCGAGAGUGUAAUCGAUGUCCCAUGUGAGAUUUCACAGACAAUCAGCAAACCUGAACUUCCAGAUGAUGGUGUAAUCUCAAAAGAAAUAAAGACAGACAUUGAUGUAAAUUUUGAAGUGGUUCAUCUAGAAGAUUCCACUGAUGCAAUGGACAUCAAACUUACUGAACAUGGAACUGAAAACUCAACUGAAUCCUCCAUAGUAACAGAAAGUAAAGAAAUCGUAGACAUGUCAUUUACCAUUGAGAGCCUGAUAGACAUCCCAUCAGAAAUUUCACAUCCAGUCAGCAAACCUGAACUUCCAUAUGUAGGUGUAAUCCAAGAAGGAUUAAAGACAGAUAUGGCUGUAGUCUUUCAAGGAGAUCUUCCAGCAGAUGCCAAAGAAUUCACAAUAAAUUUCAAGGGGGGUGAGAGUGAGGGGGAUGACAUCGCUUUUCACAUCAACCCUCGAAUUGGUGAUGUAGUCGUGCUAAACAGCUUUAGAAAUGGUAGUUGGGAGGAAGAGGAACAUGCUUCUAUCACAGCCUUUUCUAAAGAAGCAGCCUUGAAUAUGUUCAUCAUCAUCAGCUCAGAGGGAUAUGAGGUCUUUGUGAACGGUUUGCGACAGUUUACAUUCAAGCACCGCUUUCCUGUAGAGGACGUUUCUACACUUGAUAUUUCUGGAGAUGUUGCAAUCAACUACUUUGGAUUUGUUGAAAACUGGAGUGAAUCCUCAAUGUUUGUGAAACUGAAUGAAAUUCAAGACGUGUCUAUUACUUCCGAGAGUGUAAUCGAUGUCCCAUGUGAGAUUUCACAGCCAGAACUUCCAGAUGAAGGUGUCACGUCAGAAGAAAUAAAGACAGACUUUGAUGUAAACUUUGAAGUGGUUCAUCCUGAAGAUGCCACUGAUGCUGUGAACAUCGAAAUUACCGUCCGUGGAUGUGAAAUCUUGAGUGAAUCCUCCAUAGUAACAGAAAGUAAAGAAAUCGUAGACAUGUCAUUUACCAUUGAGAGCCUGAUAGAUAUCCCAUCAGAAAUUUCGCAUCCAGUCAGCAAACCUGAACUUCCAUAUGUAGGUGUAAUCCAAGAAGGGUUAAAGACAGAUAUGGCUGUAGUCUUUCAGGGAGAUCUUCCAGCAGAUGCCAAAGAAUUCACAAUAAAUUUCAAGGGGGGUGAGAGUGAGGGGGAUGACAUCGCUUUCCACAUCAACCCUCGAAUUGGUGAUGUAGUCGUGCUAAACAGCUUUAGAAAUGGUAGUUGGGAGGAAGAGGAACAUGCUUCUAUCACAGCCUUUUCUAAAGAAGCAGCCUUGAAUAUGUUCAUCAUCAUCAGCUCAGAGGGAUAUGAGGUCUUUGUGAACGGUUUGCGACAGUUUACAUUCAAGCACCGCUUUCCUGUAGAGGACGUUUCUACACUGGAUAUUUCUGGUGAUGUUACAAUCAACUAUUUUGGAUUUGUUGAAAAAUGGAGCAUAUCUUCCUUGGCACUGAAAAAUAAGGAAAUCACUGCAAGCCCUUCUAUGACACUCGUUCCAAUUACAUCAGACAAACUUGCACUUCCAUUUGUGGGCACCAUCCCGGGUGGAAUAAAAGCAGAUAUGGCUGUACUCAUUUAUGGGAAAAUUUUUGCAGAAUCUAAUGAGUUUGAAAUUAACUUCCAAACACACCAGUCUUCUGAUGAUUUUGCUUUUAACAUCAAUCCACAAAUUGUUCGUUUUCUGGUGCUAAGCAGUCUCAGAAAUGAUAGUUGGAAGAGGGAAGAUUUUGCUUCAGACAAGGGAGCAGCCUUCAAUUUGUUUGUUGUUAUCAAAUUAGAAGGUUAUGAGGUCUAUGUAAAUGGCCUGCAGUAUUGUAUGUUCAAGCAUCGCAUGCCUUUAGAAACCAUCUCUUCACUUGGCAUUCGUGGGGAUGUUUUUGUCAAUUUUAUUGGUUUUAUUGAUAACUGGAGCAGUUCUUCUAUGGUUUUGGAAAAUAUUAAAAUCACAAGCUUGGAAAAACCAUACUGGAAACCAAUAUCAAUCCCACCAGAGGUUUCACAUCCAGUCAGCAACCCUACCCUUCCUUAUGUAGGAAUAAUCCCAGGAAAGGCAAGACCGAAUAUGGCUGUCUUGUUUCAAGGGGCUCUUCCUACAGAUGCCAAUACGUUUACAAUAAAUUUCCAAACUGGUGAAUCUGAUGGUGAUGACAUCGCUUUUCACAUUAACCCCAAAUUUGGCCAUUAUGUGGCACUUAACAGUUUCAGAGACAGUAGCUGGGAGACUGAGGAAUUGGUUUCUGACAAACUUUUCACCAAAGGAGCUUCCUUUAAUAUGUUUGUUGUCAUUAAAUCAGAAGGCUAUGAGGUCUAUGUGAAUGGUUUGGAACUUUGCACAUUUAAACAUCGAAUUCCAUUAGAGAACAUUUCUACGCUCAGCAUUUUUGGAGAUGUUUCCAUCAAUUUCAUUGGCUUUAUUGAGGCCUGGAGCACAUUUUCCUUCAUCAUAGAAAAUAAUGAAAUCACAGGCAUGCGGAGCUCGUCCUGGAGAUACUCAUCCCAUCAGAUGAUCAAGGCACUUGGAGAUUCUUAAUUCAAAAAUUAUAAUGAAAACUAUGAAAGUUUUCAUAACUGUGCUGAAUUUU